UACGGACUACAUGAGCACAAUAACACAGCGUUCUUCUAAGGCACUUUCGUUUUAGAUGAAACUGUAGACUUAUCCAUACCGCGAUCCAAGACUGCCUAAAGCUCAGAAACGAAGCACUUAUAGUACCAAAAGCGACGGCGGAAAAGAAGAUUUUAGGAUAUUUUCGCUAGCUAAUUUGCUUACCAAAUGUGAACAUCGCUUUAUAUGUUGUUGUACAACUGAGACUUGCUUAUUACUCCAGCUCAAAACAGACGGACUGUGCAAACAUCAGCUAAGAGGAACAAGCGAAGGAUGGGGAACCUAUCAGUUAAAUUGACGAUGCCAAAUGCAUGCAACCGUCUCGUCUAAAAUUCUCUAAUUUGUCACCGAGUUAUAUAUUAUAGCGCUUCAGACAAUAUGCUUCAACAACAAGCCAGCAUCGAGGAUUCGUACGACUAUCUAUUUAAAAUCGUUUUAAUCGGGGAUUCUGGAGUAGGGAAAUCGAACUUGUUAUCCCGAUACACCAAGAAUGAAUUUCAUCUCGGUUCAAAGGCAACUAUCGGCGUAGAACUGGCCCAAAAGACCAUCGAAGUGGAAGACAAGAACAUUCGAGCACAGAUUUGGGACACUGCAGGCCAAGAACGAUACCGAGCCAUCACAAGCGCUUACUACCGUGGAGCCAUGGGUGCCAUUCUGGUUUAUGACAUCGCUAAGGUAACCUCAUUCCAGAGCCUCGACAAAUGGAUUUCGGAAUUGAAAGAACACACUGAACCAGACUUGUGUGUCAUCAUAGUCGGCAACAAAUGCGACCUGAAACAUCUACGAAUAGUAGAAACGAAACGAGGCCACCAAUAUGCACUCGACCAAGAGAUGCUCUUUAUGGAAACCUCCGCACUAGAUUCGACAAACGUCAAUGAAGCGUUCGAGGAGCUUGUUCAGCAUAUAUACGACGGGGUGAAGAAGAAGGAAAAAGAGCGGACUUCCUCAAGAACUGUUCUUCCUCUUCAGCCGGAUCAGUUAGAUUUUGUUCAAAAUGGAAAAAAUGGAAUGGUUAAUGUAGGAAAGGCUACUACGGAGAGUCACACGGCUAAAAAGAGAAGCAACAAGCUUCCAUGUUGUUCUACAUAGAGCAAUGAAUCACUGAUUUAAGUUUUCGUCUUCGCUGAAAUUUAGCAAUGUAUUAUUAAACCAAAGGUGGUUGAAAAAAUAUAUAUAUCUUCAAGAAGCGAUAUCAGACAAGAGAAACGCCGUGUUAAUUUGAGAAAUUCUUCUACGAAAUCUUGGUAAAGUCGAGCAAACGUUUGAAGGCGAACUCGUCUUGGGGACGAUGUUGAAAAAAAAAAGAAAAAGUGAUGGCUUAAAAUGAAGAAGGUUAACACGGAUUAUAUAUUACCAAAUUGUAAAUUUAGGUGAAAUAUUUUCAUAAUGCAUUUAUUCGCCUUAAAAGCGACUAUUUGCCAUAUAUUCCAUUACAUGAAUUAUUAUAACAGUUUUACAGCAUAAGAUCGCAACUGAACACUGACUAAGUACGUCUGAGACUCUAUCAGUAAGUUAUUAUUCUGCAUUGUUUCAAAUCAUGGGAGUGUAAUAACAUUUUACAUUAACCUCAGUGUAAUUGGUCAGCGGUCAUAGAUACGCGUUGGCUUUAUUUGAAGAAGGAGUACAUCAACUCUUCCUAAAACGAGGAACUUGGCUAGACAUUUCCAAGACGCAAACGCCAGUUGAAGAGUCAUUGUUUGUUUUUGAUAGUGAUUUCCGUCAACAGAUUUCUGGUCUAGCUUUUUAGGUUAAAACUCUGAAAUAAGGUUCUUCAAUUGUUCUUCAAGUAAUUACAUUGGCUCUUCGGCCGUUUGUUUCUCGAAAAUGUCUGUGUUUGGCGUGGUUCUCUACUAUAUUCAUAAUGGAAGCGGUGGUAUUUCUUUCGUGUCACAUUAAGGAAAAAAUAAAUGAAACAAAAAGCA